CCUGGCCAGUGGAAACAUUCAAAAUUGGAGAAUCCACUAUGGAACAAGUUAACCUACAUGUGGCCUGUGCUGCCAGAUGGUGAAUUGAAUGAGGAAUACGAUUGGCCAAUUGAGGGGUCCCUUCUCCCCAAUGCUCCGCCGCUGCUAAAACCAUCUCAGAGAAAUCACGCUGGAUACACACCUGUGAGAAUAAAGGUCCUGAAGAAUGGGGAGAGAGACAAGUCCAGGAUAUUAACAGUUACAGGACCAGAUAUCACAAACAUGCUCAAGAAAACGUGCACCUUGAUGUUGGGUUUGCCUUUUGCAGCCCGCAGGCUGUUUGAUGAAACAGGGAAAGAACAUACUCUUCUGAAAGAUCUCCAGAGGGAUCAGUUGGUUUAUGUUUCCUGUGGAGAGGCAUGGAUAGAUCCGGACCUAACCUCGUUGGAGCAGAGGAAACGUCUCCAGCUUAACAAACUGACAUGUGAUAUUGCUUUAAUCCGCAGCUACAGUGCCAUGCGCAACCCUGAAGGUUUGGUCCUUGAGGUUGUAGGUACUCUUAUGCCUGGAGCUAAGUUAGCAUUAGCUGAAAGUGUCGUGCCCAUUAACCAUGGAGAAACCACUUCUGAAGCAGAUAAGCAAAAUCAGCCAUGCACUGCAACAACUGAUGAAGAUCAUAAUGAAAAUAGAAACUUCUUAACUGAUCUACUGUCCCAUCCCAAACCUCUCAAACCGCAGCGGAUACAUCAGCAGCAGUUCCAGUUCCAAGACGGACACAUCAUAACCUGCAGUUGUCCUUGGCUUGUGGUGGGAGUUCUGGAGAUGAAUGCCCAACCAGGCGCUGAAGUAACUCUGAUGGAGAAGAAAGCUGAUGAUAUCUUUCAACGCUGGAUAUGGAGAGAGGACAACAGAACUUUCCAUUUAAUGGGUAAUCCUGAUCUGGUGCUUGCAGUCUCAAUGACCCAAAAGAACUCAGGUUAUGGCAAGAGUGUGAUGGAAGUUCAGGGAUGUUCAAUAAUCCUUCAGAAGUAUAAAGGAUACAGUUAUGGAGCCGCUAAUCAGAAAUGGUUCUGGAUGCCAGAGAUAAAGGUUCUGAAUGCAUUUUAUACCUCAGUAUUGGACAAAGAAAUCACAGCAGCCAACCAGGCCUCUGUGUGCACCUUCUGCAUCUGUAAAACAGAGGAAUUAGACCAACCUGGUUAUUAUAUUACCCAUGCCUGCACAAAGCAGAAGACUAUGGUUUGUUUGGCAUGUUCCAGGGCACUGAGAGGACAGAACAUUAUGACAAAACUCAACCCAGGUAACUCAUUCAUCUGCGCAACAGGCCGGGAACUUAGCCAGAUUGAAGAAACUGGGCCUUUUAAAUGCAUUAGAGUUACAAAGACUGACCUGUCUACCUCUGAAGUUGAAAACACUUUGGCUUACUGGGAAGAGAAAUGGAUUUCUUUGCGGAAGGAGACCUCAGUGCAGACAAUCUCACAUGAGAUCUCCGCUGCCAAGACCCAACUGGCAGUAAGAGUCAUGGCCUACCGAAAUGGGGCUGGAUAUGAGGAUGGUCAAUUGAUCAUUGGGACAACAUUUUCCUCGUUGCUUACCACAUGCACUCAAAGACUAGCACUCACCAGACCGGCAUGCAGACUGUACACAGCUGAUGGGAUCCUGAUCCUGACCCUAUCUGAGUUGAUAGCAUGGGCAGUCAACGAGACGUUGCAAGAACACAAAUCCAAAACAAAACAAAAUGAUGAAGAUGAGGGUGGAAGACUGAGGGAAUUGGGAAGUGAGGAAAUCAAAGAAGACUGGGCUGAGCCAUCGACCCAUGGGACUGACCAUUUGGUACAGAGAUUACCCAGGAUCACCACAGAGGACUUGGAGAGUAUAGACACUGAACUCAUUAGCCUCAUUGUCAGGAAUCCCGUAGAGGUCUGGGUCUCCUGUGGUGAAUCAUUUGUGCCUUUGAGUGAAUCAAACAGAAGACUAAAACUGCAACGGAAACAGUGGCUGCAAAAGCAGAAAAUUCUGUUUGAUCUUAAUAAAAUGAAACACAAAAUGCGUCAUAUUCAAGGGAGGCGAGUGGGAUCAAUGGGACCAGCUAGCAUGGUGCCCACCAAGAGUUCAAUUCAGCCAGUAGCCGUAGCAGGAGGGUGGACAGAACCUUCACCAGAGGAGGUGAAACUCCUGGAAGAUGUACAAAGUAUGGAGAUGCAUCUGUCAGAAGUCCAUGCUAUGCUAAAGAAGGAAUACCCCUCAUUUCACAGCAAGUUGGUCUCCAGUCAAAGGCCUCUCUACAGUCAACCAGAUGUCAAGAGAGUUCUGGCAUACCUGAACGGUGAUUUCCCAGAUCAAGGCACCUAUGUCUUUGGCAAAACUAUUCAAGAGCUUCUUGAAAACUGCACCGCUCGACUUAAGCUGCGAUGCACAGCUAAGACCCUCUUCAGUCCUGAAGGAGAGCAGAUCACCUCGUGGGAAAGAAUAGAGCGAGACAUGUUGGUGUGUGUCUCCCUGGGCGAGCCUUUCAUGACUAGUACAGGUUGGUACUGUCUUCUUGACAUCUUGAGUGAAUUCCAGAAAGCAGAUAAAGAAAAAGUGCUGACAUACAGAAUGUCCCUUGAAUUAAUGGGCUUUAUCAGUCUGGGCAGGGAGUAUGAAGCCUGUUUUAUGUUGUCUCGAGCAUUAAUUAACAGCCUAUGUGCACACAUUCAAACUUGA